GACGGUGAGUUUAAAUGACAGAAUCUUUUCAAUAAUUUAGACAUUUUUGUGUUUCUAAACUUAAUGACGAAGUUAAUUAUUUAUAAACUUUGGAAUAAUUUAAUUAAUUUAGGGGGGAAAUAGCUGCAAACGAGCACAGCUAACGCUUCGAUGCUAAGUGUGACGUAGUCGUUUAGGAUUUUUUUUUAUUUUUAGGAUUUAUUCUGGUCCAUUUUCGAUUUCAAAUAACGUGAGAGAUGUCUGCAGACACGAAGAUCGCAGAGCUGCUAACGGAGCUCCAUCAGCUCAUCAAACAGACACAGGAGGAGCGGUCUCGCAGCGAACACAACCUGCUCAACAUACAGAAAACCCACGAGAGGAUGCAGACAGAGAACAAAACUUCUCCGUAUUAUCGCACCAAACUGAGGGGUUUGUACACCACAGCUAAAGCAGACGCCGAAGCCGAGUGCAGCAUCCUGCGUCACGCUCUGGACAAGAUCGCAGAAAUCAAGUCCCUGCAGGAGGAGCGGAGGAUCGCCGCGAAGUCUGCCAGGGUUCAGAGUGACAACGACCCCCCCAGGAAGACGAUGCGGCGCGGCGUGCUCAUGACCCUCCUGCAGCAGUCGGCCAUGACGCUACCACUGUGGAUCGGGAAACCCGGAGAGAGCCCCCCUCCUCUAUGCGGGGCCAUCCCGGCCAGCAGCGACUACGUGGCCAAGCAGGGCGACAAGGUGGCGGCCAGAGUGAAGGUGGUGGACGGCGACGAGCAGUGGAUCCUGGCUGAGGUGGUCAGCUACAGCCACUCCACCAACAAGUACGAGGUGGAUGACAUCGACGAAGAGGGCAAAGAGAGACACACCCUGAGCCGGCGCCGGAUCAUCCCCCUCCCUCAGUGGAAGGCCAACCCGGAGACGGACCCCGAGGCUCUGUUCAGCAAGGACCAGCUGGUUCUGGCUCUGUACCCGCAGACCACCUGCUUCUACCGCGCUCUGAUCCACACGCCGCCGCACCGGCCUCAGGACGACUACUCGGUUCUGUUCGAGGACACGUCGUACGCCGACGGUUACUCUCCUCCGCUGAAUGUGGCGCAGCGCUACGUGGUCGCCUGCAAGGAGAACAAGAAGAAAUGAGCGGCGCCGGCAUCAAACGUGGUGGGACAACCUGAACCAAAAAAGAGGCUUCCAGCGCCACCUGUGCUCCAGAAGAGGAACUGCUCAUUGUGGUUCCAAACAGAACCGGGUUGAUCCUGACCCGGGUCACUGUAAACGUUUCCCUUAAGAGCACACAGGACAGUCAGAAAAAGUACUUUUGAAAGAUCAAAGUAAGUCGCCUGAACAAAACAAACUGUGGUUAACGUGAAGCUGGAAGUUGAAUCAUGCCGUCAUUUUUUUUUAGAACAAAACAAAUCCAGAUUAAUAAAAAGAUUUGCUUCUCUAA